AUGGACUCCACCCUUUUGGAGAACCCGUGCAUCUCCAACGAGUUCCUUGCAAAUGUGGAAAAGCAGCGUCAAACAACAGAGCAGAAGACAGACUAUCGCAGCAUGUCUCUUGCUACCCUUGUACUGAGCUACUUCUCUCCUGCUGCUCCCUCUCACCGUGUUCUUGUUGGGCAGCCCAACGCAGUGAAAGCGAAGAGAAGCUCGAGCAACCGCACGUCGCUCGAACCCGUCAAGCUUGACGCUGAGACGGCUGAUGACCGCGGACAUUCUUCGAGGAAACUCACUGCAAGUUCGUCCGAUAAAAGCUUCAUCGCUCUGAAUUCAACCUCGGCAGGGAAGAUGAGGAAACCGAGACUGUCUCUGUCCUUGCAGACGAACGACAUCGAGGGAGCGUCGCCGAGGAACAGAGAAAGCAGGAGGAGCGAUCCGAGAAACCCUCUCUGCCCGGAGUACGACUGGCCGCAGAGCAGGAAGGUUGAGAUCGUACCCCCCCGCUUCAUCCGAGAUCCUCUGUUCUGCAAAGACAUCAUGGGCGAGAAGAAGAGGCAACUCUUCGCCUCUCCUGGAAACGAGCGGGAGUUCGUCAAGUGGAGCUCAUCUGACCUCGAGCAGGCUCACAAGCAUGCUGGAGGGGCAGAGAGGAGCGGUCGACGGCCCAAGGAGCCUGUGGAGGAGAGGAAACGACUGCCUUUCGACUUCAGCAAGUCUUCUCGCUGCACCAAUCCUCUGACGCCCGAGUAUCGCUACAACAUCCCCCACCAGGCUGAUUUCAGUGCCAACCACAGUCAGGGGGUUGCCGUCACCGACGAGAUGAGAAAGAACUGGACGAUCGGCAAGAUCGACAACGCCAGGAGCAGCCGAUUCUACAUGGGUCCUGUUUUCCACGACACGCCAGGACGACGAGGGGACAUCACCUACAGGGAGUACAUGCUGAGAAACGAAGACGUUGAAGGCUCUCAGCCAGGAAGUCUCGGCAAAUUCUCGUCGCGCGUUACUCCCUUCACCCCCAAACAGUACAGGACGACAAACUACAUCGGAGACAUCCAAGGGUCAAGCCCGCGUGUGAGAACGGUCAAGAGAAGCUGA